CGGUAGCUGUCCAGAAGCAGCCCGCAGCUUGUGCGUGUGACACAAACGCCCUCCGGGGCGGCGGUGCCAGCCAGGAUGUGAGCGGCGGAGACCAAGAAGGCCUGAGGAGGAGGAGGAGGAGGUUCGAGUUUGCCGCCAGGGCCGCAUCGGACGGUCCUGACUGGAAUGUGCAGCGGGCUGCCCCUUGUGUGGGGGGGAACGUCACCCCGCCGGGGCAGGCCGGGCACGACAUGUACUUCUCACCCUGGGUCACUCUAUAAAAUAAAAAGAGCUGGCUGGCAGCAUCCUGGAGCUGCAGGAAAAGCUGAGCAGUGCCUGCCCGCUUCUCCGACCACAGCACAGAAGGCUGCUUUCAUGUCAUGGGAGUGAGAGGGAGUUUCCCCACUAGUCAUCUGUUUCAGAAGGAAAAAAAGAAAAAAAAAAAAAGGUUGACCUUGGAGAGGAUGUCAAGGCAUACUGCUCUAAUAUAUUGAAGUUCAGAAACGCUCGUUUUCUUACUAAUGACAGAGUGGGAAGCAUUUUCCAAAAGUGUCAAUGCCAUGCUCAGGAAGGUGGCGGUGGCUGCCGCCUCCAAGCCCCACGUGGAGAUCCGCCAGGACGGGGACCAGUUCUACAUCAAAACUUCCACCACUGUCCGCACCACCGAGAUCAACUUCAAAAUCGGGGAGAGCUUUGAGGAGGAAACGGUGGAUGGACGAAAGUGCAGGAGUUUGGCCACUUGGGAGAAUGAAAACAAGAUCUAUUGCAAACAAACACUUAUUGAGGGGGAUGGCCCCAAAACAUACUGGACUCGAGAACUAGCUAAUGAUGAGCUGAUUUUGACCUUUGGUGCUGAUGAUGUUGUGUGCACAAGAAUUUAUGUAAGAGAGUAAAAACAUCAAUUUACUUGUCAUCUGGGAUGAAAUGGAGCGCUGUGAAAAUCCCCAGUAGAACAAGUAUUUGUGUGUGCUGUUACUAAUGCGGUGUUGUAUGUGCCCCUGUGUGUUACAUCAGAACCCAUAUCCUCUCUUAAGUGUAUUUUGCUUUCAUUUUUCAUUGCAGACACUAUUCCUUCCCACUUUUAUGCCAUCAUUUUCCAUGUCUGCUUUGUAUUUUGUAGUUGUCACUUGCUAUGGUUUCAUCAGUUAUUAAACUUAUUGGGCAUAACU